ACUCUCAUGUGCCCUUAAAGGCGAACUAGGUAAUAUUUUCAUCCGCUCCAAACAAUGGACAAAAUGGGCGAAUAAUGAAAUCACAGCGGACGGAUGCUCGAUGGAUCUAGGCGUAUGAAACACGUAUGCAAAGAGUACACAACGGAUACAUAAUGUUUUCCAACGGAUGGCAAGAUUAUUUUCCGUCUUACAUCCUCUCUGCAUCCUUCUUGCAACGCACGAUGUAUGAUGCUCGCAGUAUUACAUUUACCAGAAAAAAGGUUUUCUGUUUCCUUCUUGUCCUGGCUACCUCUGUAUGUUGCGGCCUGAUGACGUCACAGAUGACAUCAUUCAGAUCGCCUACAUACCUGUGGAAUCCAUCUAGUACAUCGGCAAACCUCUUGCUAAGAGAAAAACAUCACAGCAUAGCAAUGGAUGGGAACGGAGUGCAGAUAAAUUGUUCAUGCCUUCAUGCCGACCUACCUCCAUUGUCUGAUGCCGUACAAUUGAAUGGACAGAACAUCACCACAAAUAACCAGACAACAGCGAACAACCAGACAACAGAGAAAAAUAAAAUAGAGAGUCAUCGUCUUAUUCCGAAAAAGGGAAAAACCAUUAUGAAUAAUUCUCUGACGGGUCUUUUAUGGAACUUUAAAGAAGAACGAGAUCAGCAGCUUUUUCUUUUCGAGAACUUACUACGUCAGCAAUGGAAAGCCAAUUCAACCAGGACAGCAAUUCUAAGGCAAGAGCUCGCAAAUUAUCGCUCAGAACUUGAAGACAAAUCGAAAAUUAUUCUGCAUCAAAAGAAUGUUAAAAUUGGACAAGCUAUGAAGUUCGUCUUUCAAGGAAAGGAGAAAAAAAUGACAAGGGAUGUUUACAACAAGUACCUUCCAAAGAGCGAUCCCCUAGCCCCACAGGUAGGCAGAUAUUCUUCGUGUGCAGUUAUCGGAAACAGCGGUUCAAUGCUGAACAGCCACUGUGGUCAACAGAUCGAUAAACACGACUACGUGUUUAGGUGCAACCUGGCCCCUCUAGCCCCCUUCAAGGAAGAUGCUGGAAGCAAGAGUAAUUUUACUACUAUGAACCCUAGCAUGCUUUUUCGAAAUUUCCAAAGCUUGAAAAAUGCAGAAAGCCUAAAGAAAUACCAGGAAGCUAUCUCGCAGUAUGAGGGUUGUUUAUGGGUUCCUUGUUAUGGCUUCUCUGGACUUCUCUCCGUAGCUUUCAGCGCUAUUGCCAAGUUCAAUAAACCCAAACCUAAGAUGGUAUGCGGAAACCCAGGACACCAGAAAUCUGUUGUUGAAUUCUGGAGGGAGAGGGAACUUAAUCAAAGACUAUCAACAGGCUUUUAUUUAGUGACGACUGCUCUGCAACUCUGUGACGAGGUACAACUCUACGGGUUUUGGCCUUUCUCCUUCCGGUAUAGCAACAACAAGACAGAUGUGCCUUACCAUUACUUUGAUGAUCAGUCUGUAUCUGAUGCAAAUUCGGUGCAUUCGAUGGACAAGGAAUUUAGCCUUCUUGUACAGCUCCAUACUCUUGGCAUAUUACAUAUGAAUGUUGGACCAUGUAGCUAGCAAAUCAAUUGUUUUUUGUGUGUGCAAAAUGUGAUAGUUGAAGUGUACCACUCUCUAACAGCAAAAUCCUUGCUAUUAUAUAUAAAAUGAUCGUCUUAGUGCUUUACUUUUCAUGAUAAUGGUAAAUAUCAUUUACGUCAUGCGAUAGGGUUCAUGGAACAUUCACAAUGCGUAGAUAUGACAGCGGAAAUGGGCAGGAUGCAUUAUUAGGGGCCAUAGUUUUAUUGUCUCACCUGCAAAGCAGAAUGAGACUAUAGUCGCCGCUUUUCCGACGGCGGCGUCAACACCAAA